CCCUGGGCCGGGCGGGUGCCUCAGCCAUGGCCCUGCGCAAGGAGCUGCUUAAGUCCGUCUGGUACGCUUUCACCGCGCUGGACGUGGAGAAGAGCGGCAAGGUCUCCAAGUCCCAGCUCAAGGUUGAGUAUUUGCAAGGAAGAUCGCCUGGGGAGCUUGCAUACUUGAACCAUCUGCUGUCUUUGUACCACGUCGCAGCUCACUUUGAGCCCACUGCCAGCAGCCUCUGUGGUCCCACAGGAUCAAUGGUGCUGUCCCACAACCUGUACACUGUCCUGCACAUCCCUCACGACCCUGUGGCCCUGGAGGAGCACUUCCGAGAUGACGACGAUGGCCCUGUGUCCAGCCAGGGGUACAUGCCCUACCUCAACAAGUACAUCCUGGACAAGGUGGAGGAGGGGGCUUUCGUUAAGGAGCACUUUGAUGAGCUAUGCUGGACCCUGACGGCCAAGAAGAACUAUCGAGUGGAUAGCAACGGGAACAGCAUGCUCUCCAAUCAGGAUGCCUUCCGCCUCUGGUGCCUCUUCAACUUCCUGUCUGAGGACAAGUACCCUCUGAUCAUGGUUCCUGAUGAGGUGGAAUACCUGCUGAAGAAGGUGCUCAGCAGCAUGAGCUUGGAGGUGGGCUUGGGUGAGCUGGAGGAGCUGCUGGCCCAGGAGGCCCAGGCAGCCCAGAGCACCAGCGGGCUCAGCGUCUGGCAGUUCCUGGAGCUCUUCAACUCAGGCCGCUGUCUGCGAGGCGUGGGGCGAGACACCCUCAGCAUGGCCAUCCACGAGGUCUACCAGGAACUCAUCCAGGACGUCCUGAAGCAGGGCUACCUGUGGAAGCGAGGGCACCUGAGGAGGAACUGGACAGAACGCUGGUUCCAGCUGCAGCCCAACUGCCUCUGCUAUUUCGGGAGUGAAGAGUGCAAGGAGAAAAGGGGUACAAUCCUGCUGGAUGCGCAGUGCUGCGUGGAGGUGCUGCCCGACCGAGAAGGGAAGCGCUGCAUGUUCUGUGUGAAGACUGCCUCCCGCACGUACGAGAUGAGCGCCUCAGACACGCGCCAGCGCCAGGAGUGGACGGCUGCCAUCCAGACGGCGAUCCGGCUGCAGGCCGAGGGGAAGAUGUCGCUGCACAAGGACCUGAAGCAGAAGCGGCGCGAGCAGCGGGAGCAUCGGGAGCGGCGCCGGGCGGCCAAGGAGGAGGAGAUGCUGCGGCUGCAGCAGCUACAGGAGGAGAAGGAGCGGAAGCUGCAGGAGCUGGAGCUGCUGCAGGAGGCGCAGCGGCAGGCCGAGCGCCUGCUGCAGGAGGAGGAGGAGCGGCGCCGCAGCCAGCACCGCGAGCUGCAACAGGCGCUCGAGGGCCAACUGCGCGAGGCUGAGCAGGCAAGGGCCUCCAUGCAGGCUGAGAUGGAGCUGAAGAAGGAGGAGGCUGCCCGCCAGCGGCAGCGCAUCGAGGAGCUGGAGGAGAUGCAGCAGAGGCUUCAGGAGGCCCUGCAACUGGAGGUGAAAGCUCGGCGGGACGAGGAGGCCGUGCGCCUAGCCCAGACCAGACUGCUGGAGGAGGAGGAGGAGAAGUUGAAGCAGCUGCUGCAGCUGAAGGAGGAACAGGAGCGCUACAUUGAGCGAGCACAGCAGGAGAAGCAGGAACUGCAGCAGGAGAUGGCCCUGCAGAGCCGCUCCCUGCAGCAGGCCCAGCAGCAGUUGGAGGAGGUGCGGCAGAACCGGCAGCGGGCCGACGAGGACGUGGAGGCUGCACAGCGGAAGUUGCGCCAGGCCAGUACCAACGUGAAACACUGGAAUGUCCAGAUGAACCGGCUCAUGCAUCCAAUUGAACCUGGAGACAAGCGUCCCACCACCAGCAGCUCCUUCACAGGCUUCCAGGCCCCUCUACUCGCCCGCCGUGACUCCUCCCUAAAACGCCUGACUCACUGGGGAUCCCACGACAACAAGACCCCCUCACCCAGCAGCAGUGAGCAGCAGAAGUCCCUCAGUUGUGGGGAAGAGGCGCCCAUCUCAGCUUCCGCCCCUCAGGAAGAUAAAGUGGACCCAGCACCAGAAAACUAACCUCUGCUAGCCUCUUUCCCCCAACCUCAUGCCUACUAGGACCUGGCCACAGCUGGCCUGUGGGUGACACCAGCCCCUGCAGAAGAAGGAGCUACAGUCCUGGUGCCAAGGGCCCAGGCCCUCCAACCACGAAACAGUCCAGAAUGGAACCUGGUUCAUUUUUUUUGCACCAGCCCCAGGCCCCAGACCACUGAGGCUGUCAGGGACGUUGAUCCUUGAGAACUUGACCCUGUGCCUUAACCCCAAGGACUCUAUGCCCUAGGCUGGGAAAGAGAGUCAACAAGCAAGCCAGGGGCCAUCUGUCCCCAGACUGCCACCAAGUUGUGGAGGCACAUUUCCAAAUAAAAUCAGCU